AUGGAGCUCAAGUGCGAUGACCUGAAGUUCAUUUCAUCUGUGCUCAAGCUGGAGGUGCUGGCCGACCGCGAGGAUUCGUCCAAGCUGUACCUGAGUCUAAAGCCGGAGCAGUCGGAUGACAUGGAAGGCCAAAUGAAGUUCACCAAUGAACGCAUCAUUAGCUUCCUGAAUGCCUCGCGUGUCCAUGGACCUAUGUGCAAUGAUUCGUUGAGCGAUCUGCUGCAGCUGCACGACCAGGACCAGGCGCGCGACGACCAACUGCGCCGCCAGACGCAGUGCAUCUUCUACAUCAAGCCAAACAUUGGCCAGCACCUAAUACACUAUCUAAAGGUCAUCGGCCAGACACAGUGAGCCAACGAGCUUCCCGUGUACAGAAUGUAUUCCUAUCGACAUAUACAUACAUAUAUAUGUAUAUAACUAUAUUUUAUACGCCCAUGUAUAUAUAUGUAUAUAUUCAUUCCAAGGUCUUGUAUUGUUGUGGAACUCGUCGUUCCACGAGUAUUUUAUACCAAAAACCAAAUGAAGACACGACUAAAUUUAAUGCAAUCUUCCAAAUUGGUUG